GAGUUGUGACUAGGGAGGUUUACUGGUCAAUCCUAUCCUUCAGUAGUUUCAGUAGACCUUUGGUCAGCAAACAGAUCAGUCAUGUACAUUCAAGCUCCAAUAUACUCUCUACCCCCCUCCCCUCCACACUCCCCCUCCUCUCCUCCUACCUCCCCCUCCGGCUUCUCCCCCUACUCCUUCAGCUCUCCCUAUUCCCCCACCUCCCUGUCCUCCUACCUCCUGUUGAACUCCAUGAUGAACACCAGCACUAAGAUGACCGGAAAACCUAAGAAAAGGUUUAUCUGUAAGUUCUGUAACCGUGAGUUUACUAAAUCCUACAAUCUUCUGAUCCAUGAGAGAACUCACACUGAUGAAAGACCGUAUCCUUGUGAUGUUUGUGGUAAAGCGUUCAGAAGACAAGAUCAUCUGAGAGAUCACAUGUAUACACAUACUAAAGAGAAACCACACAGCUGCCAUGAUUGUGGAAAAGGAUUCAGCCAAGCUAGAAGUUUAUAUAUUCAUAACAUUACAGAGAGAAAAAUGAAUAUUAUUUCAUGUCCAAUCUGUAAUUUAUCAUUUAAUCAAAGAUCAAACUUGAGAAAUCAUCUUCAAACCCACACUGAACUAAAACCUAAAGAACUAGCUCUUAUUGCUCUGAGAUUGAAGAAUGAUGGAUCUGUGUGUAUGACGCGGUCUACAAUUAGUAUCCAAGUAUACCCAGAUACUAAACCAAUUAAACAAGAACUCAUAGAGACAGAUUAUAAAGUUUCAAGAUUUACAAGAUUUGGUAUUGAUGAUAUUCUUGCAAAAUAAAUUAUCAAAUGAUACAUAAUUUUCUACUCUUUCUGUGAUAGUAUUGUAUAGAUAAAUAAA